UAUGGCGCGUAGAAAAUAUUUACUACUUUUCAUGAUAUUAAUAAAUUUAUUUAUUAAACAAAUAGAAAGUUCAAAACUAAAUGUACCACGUAUUUUGUUACCAUUAUUUAAUGAUUUAUCAGUAAAUUUUACGUUAGAAGUUACUGACGGCGGAUGUUAUAAAUGGAGUACAUCAAGACUAGAUUUAGUACAACUAAUACCUUUAAAUUUAGACGAGGAACGAAGAUGUUCCGCAGCAGUUAUUGUUUCGACUAUUUCAAGGGACGCUGUUCGCAAUACAGCUAUGAUUUUGGCUGAAGAAGUACAAACUGAACAAAUUUUAAGAUGCGAUGUUAUUUUGGAUGUUAUUGAUAGUUUAAAAAUUGUUACAACUACACGAGAAUUAUACAUGGAAGAGGCUCCUGAAGCUUUUGAAGUUCGAGCAUAUGACGAUCAAGGCAACGAAUUCAGUUCCUUGGAAGGCAUACCGUUUCAAUGGUCACUCUUUUCGCACUGCUCUGGUAAAGAAAAAUGCCAUGAUAGUCCCGUUUUACGUUUUCUAACAUUUAAAGAAUCUCCAUAUGAGACACCACAUUCAAUUCAAGCUUUCGAGGAAUUAGGAAUUCAAGGACAUAUUGUGCUUUUGGAAGGAGUUAAAACUGGUGUUGCCAAAGUUUCUGUUGGCCUUCCACAAACAGAGUACAGACAUAUAAAACCCUCAGAGGUUGUAUUAAUGAUUGUUGCUAACAUUAUUAUAUUACCUCCUGAAGUGUAUAUUUUACCAAAUUCCGAAAUUAAAUUUCGAGUAUAUAGAAUGUACCAGAACAAGUUAGAAGAAAUUAUAAUGCCAAAUAAUCAAUAUUAUUUUGGUGUUCAAGAUCAAAGUGUUGCCCUUCUUGGAACAAAUGGAUUAAUUCAAGGCCUUACUGUUGGCAAAACAAGAGUUACCGUGAACGAUAAGAACAUGGAUCCAUCCGAAUCUAAUGUAAAAUUACCUUCAGCAUUAGUAUCUGUAGUUUAUCCCGCAUAUCUAGUCAUUAAUAUUCUACCACAUCGAAAUUGGGCUGUACUUUUACGAGAUUCACAUGAAAUUAUGGUGGAAGCAUUCUGCAGUCAAGAUCAUAAAAUUCAUUUAGGCGAUGAAGUUGAAGUUAAUAUUCAAAUUGAUCCAGCAUAUUACCAAGUAACACAAAGGUCCAAUAAUGGUACAUGGCUUACAGGAUACGGUAUUGAACAUGGAUUUACAACAGUUCAUGCUUCUUUAGAGUCCGUAAAUUUACGACGCUUAGAUACAAAAGUAUCAGUUCGUAGUGAUCUAUAUAUUUAUCCUCGUAUUGUGCUAACACCCACUGAAAUCAUUUUACCAUGGGAUCCAAUUGUUAAACCAAAGUAUGAAGUAAAAUUAAAAGCAACAGGUGGGGAUGGACACUUUUUGUGGAGUACAACAAAUGCUGGUGUUGCUGUGGUUACUCAAGGCGGAGUCGUUCGAACACAGUCACAAGGAACAGCUCAAAUUUCCGCGGCGAUGGCAAGAAAUCAUAAUAAUCGCAAGACUUCUAAAGUGUAUAUAAUACCCCCCACACGAUUAGAAAUCAUUGAAUAUAUUUUAGAAGCUGAAAUAAAUAAACCCAUUAAUUUACAAAUCGCUUUAUAUGGAAUACGGGGUUCUCAAACAAAAGAUGAAGUUCCAUUCACCCAAUGCGGUGAAAUACCAUUUAAAGUGACGUCGACUGACGAAAAUUUCUUUUACAAUGAAACAAAAGUUUUACAACCCGUCGGCACUGCGUGCACGACAAUUCAAAUAGUGGGUUUAAUCGUAGGAACGAGCAAAAUUACUGUCAGCUACGAAUACCAAGGAAUUUUAUUAGAAGAUAGUGUUACAGUAUCUGCAUUUCAACCGCUUACUAUAUUGCAUCCAGUAAAAGCCGAAACUAUUUUAGCUGUCGGUACAAGUCGGAAUAUUAUAUUACAAGGUGGUCCAAAACCAUGGAUCGGUCGUUUAGCUGAAUACAACCGUUCUGUAAUUGUAAAUACUGAUAAUGUUGAAGCAUGUGACAUUACAGAUUCGAUAACCGAAAAGAAAGCCGAUGUUUUUGUAGUAAAUGUUCGGUGUUUAUCUAUUGGAGAAUCCAUAGUCGAUAUUUCAAUCGUAAACACACCAAUGGUUUCAACAUCCUGUUCAAGUAUUGCUAGUAUUGCCUCAAUUCGUGUUAUUUGUAGUAAACCUCGAAUAAUUCGUAUCAAACCCGAAGUAGAAAUUGUUGAUACUCAUUCUUGUCCAAUGGAUUUAAAUUCACAAAAAAUCGCUGUGCAUAAUUAUCAAAAUAUUGAGCUAACUGUUUUAGUUAAAGAUGAACAAGGACGAAUAUUUGAUAACAUUUCUAGUUUAGCUUUACAUUGGCAAUUAGUUCCAUCCACUGGUGGGAGCAUAUUUUUUAAAGAUGGGUAUAAAGAAGAAACUAUAAAAGAAUAUAAUGUGGACCUACCAAAACGGUAUUACCAAAUUAUUCAACCUUCGAAACAAAUUGGAAAUCUUGAUAUAACAAGUAUCAUUGAAGGAUAUAAGAAGAAUAUAUUAUCCCAGCAAAAGAUUAAUACAGAUAUAAAAGAGUUAUCUAAAGAUUUUGGAUGUACGGGUGUAUGUCCACCUAAUGUGAUUCCAACAAUUUUUACAGCUUUGACAUUUUUCUUGGUUGGAGAUGUUGAAUUGAGCGCGACAAAAAUUUCAAUUUAUAACCAUCCAAGUAACGUUCAAUAUUUGAAUAUAAAACAAGGAUCCGGGUAUUAUGAACUAGCUCUAAGCUCCAAAGACAUUGCCCAUGUUAAAUUUAACGAAGGUAAUCGUGAAAUGGAAAUCACACCAAAAGCAACUGGGGAGUUGAAAAUCAGCGUAACUGACAUAUGUUUACCAUCUCGAUCAGUUCAAAUUUUGGUACAAGUUGUAUCUGUUAAAUCUAUUAAAGUUGAUAUGCCUGACAGAGUUGAAAUUGGUAAAUGUAUAAAAGCUACCCUUAAAUUUUACGAUGAUUCCGAUAUAUUGUUACCGCUACCUCCUUUAGAAUUACUUGAAUUACGUCAUACGAUUGAUUCAAGUAUUAUAAGUGUAAAACAGGCUAUUGGUACUUCGGGGAGCGGUUGCACAGGAACUUGUUCAAUGUCAACCAAAACCGAUGAAUCAUCUGUUGGUGAAAUUCCAUAUAUUAUAACAGGACUUGAAUUAGGUGAAGCGAAGUUAUCAUUCACAACAGGUCAUGGUCCGCGUAUUGUUAAAAGCAAUCCGAUAAGUAUUCAAGUUUUUCGCCCAAUUAAAAUUUUACCAAGAAAUAUAACUCUUAUAGUUAGUUCAAUGCUGCAAUUAAAUUAUGAAGGUGGGCCAUCACCAGAUGCUAAUAUUGAUUUUAUCACUGAAAAUAGUAAAAUUGCCACUGUUCAAUCGAAUGGGUUAGUUGAAGCGCAAGAAUUCGGUAAAACAAAAAUUUUAGGACAAGCUACUGGUGUAAAUUCUUGUUCGGGCCAAAAAGUUUUAUUUUCAAAAGAUUCCAUUCAAGUAAAUGUUGUUAAAUUAACUGGAAUUAAGAUUGGUGCACCAUUGGCUCGUUUUAAGGUUGGUAAUACAGUUCCAGUUUGGGCGCUUGGUAUACCUGAACAAAUAACUCCAUUAAUUUUGGGUACAACUAGUUUGCCAAUAACAUACGAAUGGCAAGUGAUACCUGAAGAGAUAGCAUCAAUAAAUACAGUUUUCAAUGGUGACGGAAUUAAGUAUAAUAAAGAGGAACAAGUUACCAUGCAAUUGACAGGCCUAGCACCAGGUCGAGCUAAAGUAAUUUUAACAGCAAAUGUUCAUUGCAAAAUUCUUGGUUUGGAUUGUGUGCUUAAAAAUUGUUACCGAAAGCUAGAAACUAGUUUAGAUAUUGAAAUUUUUGAACGGUUAUUGGUAUCCCCGCCGCCAAAAAUGGUACAUCAAGAAUUACUUUUAGCCCCAUAUUCAACAUUCCAAAUUACUUCGAAUAAAGAUCGUACUUGUCAAGUGGCAUACUCAGUACAACAAGAUGUAUCACCUGGAGCUAUGGUGGCUAAUGAAAAAUCAAUAGGAUUUGCAAAUGUUGUAGUGUCUGUUACACCUACUGGAAUGGUUAAAUCAUAUGGGAUUUAUGGUCGAGCUGUUAUUGUAGUAACAGCUGUUGAAGAAUUUGGAUUAAAACAAUCCAUCACAAUUGUGGUCGAAGUGAAACCUGUACAUUACAUGUUACCCCAUAUCCAUUCAUCGAUAAAUAUUCUCAAAGGACAAUAUAUUAAUGAUAUUCCACGAGGUGUUGAUAUCCAUUUGGAAAUCACGUAUCAUGAUAAUACAGGUGAUAAAUUUGUUGCCGUACAAAAUAAUUUAAAAAUUCGAACAAGUCGAUCGGAUUUAGCCACAGUACGUCGUGGUACAGAUAACACGACACUGAUUGCAAAUUUACAACGUACGGGGGAUACAGUUCUUAAAAUUUGGGAUGAUGCUUAUACAUUACGUGUAAUGGAUUACUUAAAAUUCCAUGUUGGAAAUGUUAUUCGACCAGCAUCACCAAAGUUAACUGUUGGCGAUGUUGUUUGUUUCUUUUCACCUUUAACAUCACCAGAUGGUGCUUAUGGUAAAUGGUCAGCUCAAAGUCCAUUCUUAGAAGAUGGUAAAAAAGAUGGUGUUAUGGUUGCUGUUAAAUCACGGGAACGACCAAUAAGCAUUGGAUAUACAAUUGGUGGAAUGCAAACUACCAACGAUGUUCACGUAUCACCAAUUAAUAGGAUUCGUUUCUUGAGUGAAAAUACAUGUGCGUGUCUAUCAAAUUCGUUCCGAUUAUCGGUUGAAGAAAUUCCUUUGGUCCUGUACGGUCCAUUGGAUACAAUUGAUAAAGUGAAGAAUUUAAUCACAGCUGAAAAAUGUAACUCAAAAUUUGAUUAUGAAAUUACACGAUUCCCAUAUACUUGUGAAAUUGAGUUUACCAAUAAAAAUACGGAAACCAGCAUUGAAGAUUUAUUUAAUGUAGAGCCGAGUUUCAAUUUUAACACAGGCCAAUAUUCAUGUAAAAUUAUAACACUUCGUGAUUCAGAAUUGAAUACUAGUUUAUUAUCAAAUAAUAUAACUGUGAGAGCCAUCAGUAAUGGAAUUAAAGAUGAAGCAAAAUUAUCAUUCAUACCUGGUGUAUUUAUUGAUAACAGUUAUUUAUACAUAUCACCAGAUCAUCGAACCGGAUAUAUAUUAAUACAUGGUGUAGCAUCUGUUCUUAAAAAUUUAAAAGUAAUUCCAGUUGAUAGUGAAUUAUUAGAUGUAUACCAUUCAUCAAGUCCUGCAUACACUACAAAACGUUUCGAUAUUGCAUUAAAAGAUGUGGGCGCAAAUCAAAUAACAGAUGAUAAAAUGGGCGUUAUAGUGAUAUCAGAAAUGACCAAACAAAAAAUUAAGGUGAAUGUUAUAUCUGAUGGAACCACGUUUGAAGGCUCAGCAAGUUCUCUAGAAUGGGGUUCCCCCCUUAUGGAAAGAAUAUGGAAUUUACGUCAAGUAUUUGCUAUUACUGCCUCUUUAAUUGGCAUAUUCUUAGCAUCACUUUAUGGAUAUUCCAACUAUAUCCAACCAAUUAUAAAUGUCAAUGUUCAAGCAGCGAGGCCACCGAUAGUUGAUGGAUCACCAAAAAAUACAUCUAUGUACAAUUAUCCAGGUCGAGGAACUGGAGCACCUGGUCCAUUCUCUAAAUUUUCACCAUCAUCAUCACCGGUAAAUCGAAGUGGAACAUCACCGAAUUGUUAUGGAGCUCCUAUAAAUUUAACUCCUAGAAAAACUUUAUACACCAGCUACGAUUCACCAAAUUUAUCCAAUAUAUCGCCACCAAGACAAACGAAUUAUGAAGAAUUAAGAAAUCGUGCAUUUAAUAAAUAGUUUAAUAAAAUUUGUUUUUGUGUUCCUAAUUUUAAAAACUGCUAGUCCACAUUUUUUUCAAUUAAAUUAAGAAGAAUAAUUGUACUUACCGUCGAGAAUUUGUGUGUUACCAAAUCGUGAUUUACAAUUGGAUAUACGAUUUUUUUUUUAUCGAUAAAAUGAA